AUGCAGAUCAUUGAUUUGGCCUGUCUGUUAUUGGCUGCAGGGUCUGCUGUGGCAGCCGAGUUGCCGAUUGUGGACCUUGGUUAUCAGCGCCAUCAAGCUAUUGGCUUUAACUCAACCGGUCGCUAUUACCAAUUCUCUAAUAUCCGCUAUGCCGAGCCCCCGUUAGGAGAAUUGCGGUUUGCGCUGCCCGUCUCCCCACGCAAUCGCAGUCAGGAGGUUGUCAAUGGCAAGGGACUUGGUAAUAUCUGUCCCCAAUCCCAGGCUUGUUGGUUCAAUGUACAAGGUGCAUUUGUCAGUGCCGUGAACGCAGGCGCUGAUUUUAAUUUCACCGCCGCAUAUGACAAGGUUUAUCAAGAGGAUCGCUGCACCAAGCCGCCACCCGUCGCAAAGCGGAAUCCUCUGGAAUCGGAAGAUUGCCUAUUCCUUGAUGUCUACGUCCCAGAAAGUGUGAUUGCUAAGCGACGACAAGGCAAUGGAAAACCCAAGCAUGGUGCGCCCGUGUUGGUGUACUUCCAGGACGGAGCCUAUGUGUCCGGCUCUAAGUCCGAUCAAAACCCAUUCGGCUUGAUCAAAGCCAGCAGGGAAAAUGGAUCCCCCGGCAUAAUCUAUGUCGGAGUCAAUUAUCGACUGGGCGCAUUUGGAUGGCUUUCAGGCCAGAAGUUUAAGUCGGCAGGGGGUGUACCUAACGCUGGGCUAUAUGAUGAACGUCUGGCGCUGGAAUGGGUGCAACGACACAUUGCAAAGUUCGGCGGUGAUCCCUCGCGUGUCACCGUAAUGGGUGUCUCGGCCGGUGGGGGCUCAAUCAUGAUGCAACUGACGGCUUACGGACGUGCCAUUAGCCCUCCAUUUGCCCAGAUCAUUGCACAAAGCCCAGCCUGGGAACCGGGUACAAAGACUUCAGCUGUCGAGGACGACCUGUUGGAUACAUUCCUGGCGUUGUUGAAUGUCACCAGCUUGGAGGAGGCCCGACGUCUGCCGACCCAGGCCUUGCUAGAUGCUAACUACGAGCUGGUGGCGUCCCGUCCAUAUGCGUCUGGCGUGUUAGGGCCUGCCAUUGAUGGAGACUUUGUACCCGAUAGCCCCAAGCGACUCCUUUUAGAGCGCAAGGUCGAUCCCUCAGUCCGAAUCCUUACCUCACAUACUUCCAACGAAGGCUUUAUGUUGGCCCCAGCCAAUGUUACUGACGAUGUCACCUUUAACCGAUACGUGGAUGUGUUGCUUCGAGGUGCCAAUGCCAGCGUAUGCGCUCACACCACAGAGGUUCUCUACCCACCCAUCUUUGAUGGCAGCCAGCCGUAUCGCAGUCAGCAUGAACGCGCAAAUCUUUUCUGGUCCGAGCUCUCCACCUCCUGCAACACCCGUUAUUUACACGAAGCAGUGGCAACGCCAGGGUAUUCGAUCGAGUACGCUGUGCCACCCGCGAUGCAUCUUUCUGACACCACGUCUGUCUUCUACAAUGGACAGGGCUCUAGCGCGUCGCUGAAUGCCACCAUCGCACAACUCAUGCAGCGUCAGAUCGUGCAGUUUGUCAAGACGGGGAACCCAAAUGCCAGGGGAGACCCUGAGGUGCCUCUCUAUCACGAAAAAGCCGAUCUGCUUUCUCUGGCAGAUGACGGGGUGCACAUCAAACCAGACUCGACCAAUACCGACCGAUGUGUGUACUGGCAGCAGGUCGAGUUUUGA